AUGAACCAUCUUAGCAGCCACACAGAUAUCACGGCUACUGAGGCUGUUUUGGGGGGUGGCACGGCCGGAAUGCUCUCGAGAAUGGUCAUCGCGCCGCUAGACCUCGUCAAAAUCCGAAUCCAGCUGGCUAAUACGUACACACAGCCAAAGAUCUGGUCCACCGUUUACAACAUUGCGAAGAACGAAGGCAUCAGGGCGUUCUGGAAAGGCAAUCUGCCGGCUGAAAUCCUAUAUAUCACUUUUGGAUCCGUGCAGUUUGCGUCGAUCCGGUCAUUCAACAUCGUGUUGACCCAGCUGUCAAACGGAAGACUCAACGAGAGUGCUCAGCAGUUCAUUGCAGGCGGCCUCGCAGGUGCGAUUUCCACUCUCGUGACCUACCCGUUCGACGUUCUGCGCACUCGCGGAGCUGCGAACCGCGACCCACUUGGCCGGGGAACGUUCAUGCAGAAUGUGGCUACAGUGUACAAGUCCAGCGGGCUGCGCGGGUUCUACCAUGGUGCUACGGCUGCAAUUGUUCCUAUAUUCCCCAACAUGGGUCUAUUUUUCGCUUCAUACAGCGUGUUCCGCUCUAAAAUGCCCUCGUGGGCCCCGCAGAUCUUAUCUGCUGCUUCGUUGGCCGGUGCGUUCAGCAAGGCAGUUGUUUAUCCCUUGGACACCAUCCGCAAGCGUGUCCAGGUGCAUGGCCGGUCUGCUGUUUCCCACAAAUCGUUGGCCGGCUAUGGUGUACGCUACUCGCAUAAUUUUAUUACAUGUGGUAAGGAGAUCGUGAUUCAGGAGGGCGUUCGAGGGCUCUACAAGGGACUGACUAUUGCUAUUGUGAAAUGA